AUGGACGAGCAAACAUUUGUCCCCGGAACCAUGCGAGCACUCUACCACUGCCCACCUUCGACAGCUAGUACAACCACGGAGCCUUCGGGACUUCCUCGCGAGGAUUCGGGGAUGAUCUUCGACACUGACUUCCCGACACCCAGACCAGCCGCGAACCAAUAUCUCAUCAAAGUCCGAACAGCAGCCUUCUCCCACGACGGGCUCAGACUUGCGCGCGCCCUCAACCCCUCCAAGUCUAUCCCCCAGAUUCCCCUCCACAACUUCUGCGGUACCGUCAUCAGCACGCCCUCAGAGGAUCACUACCGUCCCGACGGCCCCCGUUUCAAGGUCGACGACGUCGUCUUCGGUCUGAUCAGCCAUACCCGCGACGGCGCCGCGGCCGAUUACACCCUAGCCACCGAGGAUGAAAUCGCCCUGAAACCCAAAAACAUCAGCGCGGCUGAAGCCUCCACCAUCCCUCUCCCGUCCCUCACCGGAUGGCAAGCGCUCUUCACCUACGGGCGCCUGAACUCCCCCGACACCGACACCCCUCGGCGCAGCCUGCGCGUCCUGGUCACCAACGCGCGCAACAACGAAGUCGCCACGCAAAUGCUACAGCUCCUCCGCUCUCCAUCCCUCUUCCCGCACUACGAGCCCUGGAUCUGCGCUACCUGCUCUCCCAUCGAGGCCGACUACCUGCGCACCGAAGCCCAAGUUGACGAGAUCAUCGAAGCCCCGCUACCUGUGCCCCAGGAAUUCGACCUCGCGGGCAUCUUCCGCUCCCGGGCCUGGGACCCGGUGGACCUGGUGCUGGACUGCGCCGGUACGCAGACCUUCCGACAGGCGCACUCGCCCGCCGUUGUGAAAGACAAUGGCGUCGUGUUAACGGCUGUCGACACCGGUCCCGUCCACAACCACACCCCGCACGAAGACGCCCAGUCCCAUCAGCGCGGGCUUCUGAGUCGCUUCAUCGCCGUCCAGCCGGACGGGGAGGCCCUCGCCGCGAUCGCCAAAUUAGUUGAGGCGGAUUCGGUACGUGGCCGUGUCGCCGGCAUCUCGGACUUUGUGAACGGGGCUGAUGUUCUUGCCUCUGGGGCCGCGGGUGUUGGUGGAGGGAGAAGAGGUGGGAUGAUGGUGUUUCGGGUGAAUAUCUGA